CAAUAGCAAGUACAUCGAAUGCUCGAACGCGGAUCGCCAUGGACGCCACCCACCUACUCAUCCUCUUCCUCCUAUCUUCCCAACUGAUCACCAUGUCGCUGUCGUCCCAGUCUCCGCAGGGAAACAGCGACCCUGACCUCCCGACGCUGCUCAAGAUCAAGACGCAGUUCGGCAACCCGGCCGCGCUCGCGGAGUGGCAGCCCGGCACGGACCACUGCGGCUGGCCGUACGCCUACUGCAACCAGUACCGCCGCGUCGUCGCGCUCUUCCUCGAGAACGUUAGCAUCACGUCCACGCUGCCGCCGGCCAUCGGCGAGCUCGACCAGCUGCGCACCAUCAACAUCGUCAACAUCCCGGGGCUGCACGGCCCCAUCCCGGACUCCCUCGGCAAGCUCGCGCACCUCUCCAUCCUCAACGUCAUGGUCACCUCCGUCUCGGGCUCCAUCCCGGCGUCCCUCUCCCGCACCAACCUCUCCUCUGUCAGCUUCUUCGGGAACAAGCUCACCGGCAGGAUCCCCACGUCGCUGGAGAAGCUGCCGCACCUGACCUUCUUCGACGCCGCGAACAACGACCUCGUCGGGACGAUCCCGCCGCGGCUCGUGCACGGCGGCACGCCCGACCGGCCGCUGGGCCUGAAGCUGUCGAACAACCGGCUGUCCGGGACCAUCCCCUGGCUCUACGGGAUCGAGAGGUACAUCAUGGAGUUCAAGGUCGCGAACAACCAGCUCGCCGGCGACGCGUCGUUCCUGUUCGGGCGGCGCAAGACGGUGGAUGACCUCGACCUGUCCGGGAACCGGCUGAGGUUCAACCUGACCGGGCUGGAGAUGCCCAGGGACCUUCUGUUCCUGAACCUGAGCCACAACCGGAUCUACGGCGGCGUGCCGGCGUCGCUGCUGGAGUCGAGGGUGGUGACGCUGGACCUCAGCUACAACGAGCUCUGCGGGGAGAUACCCGCCGGCGGGCGGAUGGGGUGGUUCAAGGCGGAGGCGUACGGCCACAACAAGUGCCUCUGCGGGACGCCGCUGCCGCCGUGCGCGAGCGGCCAUCUGAACCGAGCUUGUCAUGGACCAUGGUUAUACAGCGCGUGUUCGCGCCGUGCAGGGAGUAAUUGUGUUUCCAUGAGCUUGGCUUCCUUUUAUUUUUGGUCCAAGCCCAGCGUCUUCCUUUUAUUAUUAUUUUUUUUGGUCUUGUAUCCGUUGCUGACGAGUAUUCACUCCUUUGAGUCCUUUCAAACAGAUAAACCGUUUUGUAUUUAGAAAAAUUCAAGUUCUAUGUAUGGUGAUCAACAACUAGACAAUUUAAUUUCAUAGUGAUGAUAAAAGAUAUUAUAAUAGAAAAGUAAUGACUAAA